CGUAACCGUGAAGGUAACUACAAUAAGAAACCUUGAAUUCCUAAUAUUUCUCGCCCCUUUCACCUGGUAGCAGAAUUUUUUUCAUUUGAUUAGAAACAAUAAUACCGAAAGGCUGCGGCACACCAUUUAAUUGUGUGUAAUAAAUAAUGAAUCGUAUCCUUUAUUUGUGCGUAUUCGUGUUUGUGUUUUCAACAGGGCAACUAUUUGAGGUGCCAAACGAGAUCCUGGAAGAUCUAGGAAACUUCGUAUUUGGAACAUUGGACGUUAUAAUCUCCGGCUGUGGACCAGUAAACCCUCGCCACGUAAAGUACAUCUACUUCAAUAACAAGAACGUAACGGAACCCAUACUAUUAAAUUAUUCGAACAUUAACAGAGUAAUACCAAAUCUCCCAACAAAAAUCAUUAUACACGGAUGGUACGGAUUGGCAACCGGCCCGACUGCGCUCGAAUUAAAAGACGCUUAUCUCAAGAGGGGCAGCUACAAUAUAAUUUUUGUAAAUUGGGAACACUACGCUAACGUUAAUUACGCCGAGGCACGCUGCAGACUUUCCGAAUUGGGAGAUUUAAUCGGCGACUUUUUGCAGCGUUUAUACGCGAAUGGCAAAGCGCACUUGAACCAAACGCACAUUAUCGGCCAUUCGCUUGGAGCGCAUCUUGCCGGGUAUAUCGGGCAAAGAAUUCAAUACCGAAAUGGAGGACAAAAAUUAUCUAGAAUAACGGGAUUGGACGCGGCUGGUCCCGGAUUUCUAGGAUUUCCAUCAUAUAGUCGUUUGGAUGCCGGCGACGCUUUUUUUGUUGAUGCGAUACAUACAAAUGGAGCGCAAUUUGGUUAUCCGCGAAACUACGGAAGCGUUGAUUUCUACCCCAAUUGCGGUCUGUUUCAACCGGGGUGUUUGGAUUAUAAUAUAGCGGACAAAGCUACGUUAUUUCAGCAAACUGUCGAUAACAUCGGAUGCAGUCACGAUCGAAGCAUGAAGUACUUCAUCGAAAGUAUCAACUCUAGAAAGUUUAUUGCUAGCGAUUACGAUACUUGCUUUUUAUUUCAUAAAUGUAGACGAGGGGCGAAAAAGACAAGUGUCGUUAUGGGCGAAGAUUGUCCCUUUAGUGCGACAGGAAGUUAUUGCCUAUCGACUAAUUCGAAGUUUCCGUACGCGAAAGGAAAGUAAAACGCUUGGCAAAUUUUCCCGUACUAAUAACAUGGAAAAUUUACGUCAACACUUGGAAUUACAAGCUUGGCUCGGCAAAUCUCUCAGAUUACACCGUGAAUACAAACAAUAACGUCAUUUAAGUAGUUGAGCAAACUUUAAAAUUAACUUCCAGUCCGGCAGUUUAACCGAAGUUAACUUGCAGACAUUCAUACCAAAUUCGUGCAUAUCGUACUUGGUGUUACUACAUUUGACACGGUAGAAUGGAUUAUUCGCAAAAUUUAAUUCCAAGUUUCCAAAUGGCCAUUGAAUUUAAAGUGCGCCAUACAAACUUAUACUACGACAAAAGAAAGUUCAGGGUUAUCCGACCUCAAACACUCGACAUACAACUCAAAAUUAUGAACGGAUUUUCCGAAUAUCGUAAAUGAAAAUUGAAAAACUCGAGAAAGUAGAAAUUGGUUUCGAAUGGACGUUUACGUCUCGGGUAUCUCAUUAUUUAUAGAAUUACGUAGAGGAAAAUUACACUUUUCGAAAGCAUUUCGAGAGGAAAAAAUAAAACUUUAUUACGCAUUCGAACCCUAAAGGCAGGAAUUGAAAUCUAGAAAGAGGUUAAGGCGUAAGUACCGCGAUUUUCUGUUACGAAGACCAUCUGGUGUAUCGCAAGGGGUUAGUGAUAUAGGAUUAGGUUAUUACGUGAUUAGAAUACUUGUUAAA